AUGGAGCAAGAAAUCAAGAAAUUGGCGAAGCGGUUCGACAGGAUGGAGCGGAAGCUGAGGGAGAGAAAGCGGAAGAAGAAGCAGAAGCGUCACGGGAGGAACAGGAGCACCUCAAGGGGCAGGAGCAGGAUUAGGAGCGCCUCCAGACACAGGACGAGGAGCAGGAGUUCGCUGAGCAGCAGUAAGAGCCCCGACAGGUCGCGCAAGGAGGACGACAUUCCUUCAAUUCAGUCCCACAAUGAGGCUGAAAGCGAUUCUCACAAGAGUGAGGAAGAUCCUCCACCAGAUCUGGCUAUCAUCGACAACGAUGAGGCUGAUAUUCUCACCGCGGGUGAAGUUAUUGAAGUCCUGGGAAAGCGUCUUUACCAGGAAAAAGACUCUGCUCCGGAAAUCUUUCCCGAAAUGGCCGUGCGUUGGGAUGAAAUCAUUGGCAAGGGAAUUCCCGAUGAUGUGCUCAAGAUCUUAACUGCAAAGUAUCCUCCGCCAAAGAACUGCGGCAAAUUCGAGCCAUCAAAACUGAACCCAGUUGUGAAGGCUACUAUGUCUGAGAAAGUCGUUUCACGUGACAAUCAAAUUGUGAAACGUCAAGAGAAGCUUUCUGCUGCCUUGUCAGCAAUCGCCACAGCGCUUUCUGUGGUGGUGACGUCUAAACCUCCGGAAUGGAAGAGUCUCGCUGAGACUCUUUCCGAUGCCAAUAAAAUCAUCUCUGAUGUACAGCACGACCAGGCGUUAAUCAGGAGGACCCUGAUUGUGGCAAAUGUGGGUGCUUCCAUGCGAGAUACUCUGAAGGAAACAGAAAUUGGAGAAUUUCUGUUUGGCGAUGCACUGGAGGAGACAAUCAAGAAUACCAAAACUCUCCAGGCUGCAUCGAAGGAUCUCAAGGAGUCGACUCCACGCACAAAAAACUGGAAAGCCCCGCAGCGACAGCAUCAGCGAACCCAGAAGACUUCGACAGCGGCCAGCGGGGGAGAAGAGUCGCACCACGUCAGACUCCAGACGCCGGCGUUAGAGACGGCAAAUGCAAUUUUGGGAAGGAGUUACCCUGGUGGCAGGAGUCUUGUCAAGCAGAGCUGCGAGAGGAAAGGAAUCCCGUCGGAGAGUCAUGAGAUAGUCCUACAAUCUCUUUCGGAGUCAUCAUGGAAGCAGUACAACACAGGAUGGAAGAAAUGGUGGGAGUUCUGCACAGACAACAAUUUGGACCCCUUUGAAACGAAUACUGAAAGUGUGUUUCGUUUUCUAACUACUGAAUUUAACAAGGGAGUCUCUUAUGGUACGCUAAAUUCAUAUAGAUCAGCCCUAUCGAUGAUAGUUGGAUCUUGGUUGGCCCAAGAUGAAGGAUUAAAAAGAUUCUUCAAAGGAGUUGUUAGAAUCAGGCCCAGUAAGCCAAAAUACGAUAGUACGUGGGAUCCUAAAGUCGUGCUAGAGCUAUAUAGGCAGAAACCCAUCAAUGCGGAAUUAACUCUUAAAGAUCUAUCAUUUAAAUUGAUAAUCCUCCUGGCUCUUAUUACGGGACAUCGAAUGCAGACUUUCUCAUUGAUAAAUAUCGAGGAUAUUAGAGAGACCGAAGAGAGAAUUGAAAUAAGGAUUCCAAAGAGAAUCAAGACGUCAAGUGUUGGCCGAUCUCAACCUGUAUUAAUCAUCCCAUUCUAUAAUGAAGAACCCAAAUUAUGUGUGGCGUCGACUCUUAAACAUUAUUUGAGCAAAACAAAUGAACUAAGAGGCGCAGAAAAACAACUUUUUAUAUCACAUAAACGUCCACAUAAAUUAGUAGGCGCCCAAACUCUCAGUCAUUGGGUUAAGAAUGUCCUGGAAGAGUGUGAGAUCGACACUACUGUUUUCUCGGGAUAUUCUACACGUCAUGCUGCCACCUCGGCGGCAAAUAGAAAGGGUUUAGAUAUUGAAGUGAUUAAAAAGACUGCUGGGUGGACAAUGAAUUCACAUACUUUCGUCAAGUUUUAUAACUUACCAUUGGCAAACAACAAGGAAUCCUUUGCCAAUGUAAUCCUACAGGGAUGAAUUUCUAAAGAAAAAAUCUUGUUAGAAAUAAGAUCUAAGCUGAAGUUAAUCUAUGAAAUAUAAAAUCAAUAAUCAAAUUUCAUGGAUAUAAUUUAUCUUUCGCGGCCGUAACAUCGCGUUGAACAUCUACAAAGUUGAUCAUCGAGGAAGAGGAGCGGAGUACAAUUAAAUGAUUAAACGAACUUACCAAGUGAAGUUCUAUCAUAAUUGUACGAAGCUCCUCUUCCGAGAUGAUCAUACCCACCCAGAAUUCCCUAUAUUUAUAAACCCUAAAUAAUUGUUACGGCCUAUACAACUUUAAAAUAAUGACAUUCGCGGCAGCGCCAGCGCCACUGUUGGAUAAGUGGCGGAUAAUUUUUCAAAAUUAUCUACGAAACGUGUGCAAAAUCGGCUGGAGUAGAAGGA